AUGGCAACCCGUCUCCUCCGAACAAACUUCAUCCGGCGUCUAUACCGCUUUUCCGCCUUAAACCCGGUGGGUCCCCCCACCGUCACGGCCUCAACCGCCGUCGUCCCGGAGAUUCUUUCCUUCGGACAAGAAGAAGAGCCGCCUCUACACCACCCGAAGCCCAACGAAGCUAACCAUGACCUCGAUCUCUCCGAUCAAGCCCGUCUCUUCGCUUCCGUACCCACCUUCGACCACUUCCGCUCCACCGCCGUUCUGCAUGCGGCGGCGAUAGGCCCGAUGGUGGAUCUGGGAUCGUGGGUCAUGAGGUCUAAACUCAUGGAAACCGCCGUAACACGUGGCGUGGUCCUUGGACUAGUGAAAGGUACCUUUUAUGACCAUUUUUGCGCCGGUGAAGAUGCCGACGCUGCCGCCGAGCGCGUGAAGAGCGUCUACGAGGCUACUGGUCUUAAAGCGAUGCUUGUGUACGGCGUUGAACACGCCGACGACGCUGCCUCUUGCGAUGAUAACAUGCACCAAUUCCUUCGAACCAUCGAAGCUGCUAAAUCCUUCCCAACAUCUCACAACCGUAAAAAGGAAAAUCAGUAA